UUCUGCUGCAAACAUCACAAGAGUCUCCCAAGAUAUGACCGGCACACGAAGGGAAGGAGCCCAUAGGUAGAAUCGUUUCAGGUGCUGAAAGGGCCGAGAUGGCGUUCAUCUCGUGGGGUUUCGUUCGUCCAUUCACGUCUCCUUGAGGCUCUUUCCUCGAUUACAAGGGUCCGAACCCUCCUCUUCUUUCCGUGUGCAACUACAUGUUUUCAUCUAUAAGUCUCGGGGAGCCCGAAGACAUGAAAAGUUUCUACGCAUUGCACUCUCACACUCUUUUGCUGCCUUGUUAUUGCUCUUCGAGAUCUCUCAGCUACACUCUUUCUCUGUUUUCGGUUUUUUACGCUCCUUACCAUGUCGUCGUUUCUUCGCACUUGUUUUUUCGUGGGAGGCCUCCUGGCCGUGGGGUCACGGGCAGGCCCGGUGGUGGCCAGAGACGUCGAGGUCUAUCCCCUGGCCGCUAGGUCACGGGCUGACCCGAUGGUUUUGAGGAAUAUCGAUGUCCUUCCUACCAUCGGGGAAAGGGGCUUCGAGUCGCAUGUUCUAGGUAACCACAGUCUUGCAACGUCUCAUGUGAAGGACGUUCUCUUCAACCUAGGUGUUGCCGAAUCAGUACCUCAUAGUCCUGGUAUUACAAACACUGUCCUUUUGGAACUCGAGUGUGUAGAUUGCAGAACUUGGGGCUCGGCACUCGUCACAACAAACGGAGUAGAUAAACAUGAAGACUUUAUCCACGAUAUCAUUUCGUUCUUCAAGGACCCUGUUGACACUGUUGUUAAUGCUUUCGAUAUCGAGGUCAAGAUUGAGUUUCUUGAUGUUGGCGGUCACUUUGAAUUCGACCUCGUUGCGUCAGAUACCGUUACUUACACAUAUUCCAUCUUCACUUCUGAGACGCCUGCUGGCAUCGCUAUCAGUUCGGAUGUCUCAAUAGGCCUCGUACUUUUCGUCGACUUGGUUUUUUCUUUGACGGCUGAGAUCGAUCUUGAAGCAGGUUUUGAAUUUGCUUUCCCAGAGGGUGCUUAUAUCACUGUUGACCCUCUUGAAGGAAAGAUUAUUGAUCAUGGAUUCACUGGUGGCGAGACUAACAGCUUACCCAUCAUCUGCACCUCUGGAUCCGCAACCUUCAAAGCUGCUCUUCGUGUCAGAGUCCAAGCUGGAACAACUGUUGCUAUCUUUGGAACAGGAUUCGAUUUCUCUCUGGGUGUCUACGCAGAUCUCAUUGAGUACGUAGCAACACUUGACACUACACCAACCUGCGAACUCGAGAUCACCGAGUGUCUUGAUGUCAACGUGGGAGCAUAUGCUCAUGCUGUCGUCGAGCUCGAUUACAUGAGCAUGGGAGUAGCCCCUGCAGUCGUCACCACUCUCCUGAAACUCCCUCUCCCCAGUCUAUGCGUCACUCGCCCUCACGGAUCUUCUCUUCCUGCACUCCCAACAAGUGCCCCACUAUCAGUGAUCUCCACGAUAGUAUCUCCAUUACCUGCGAAUACAGCGUCUCCCACGUACACGACGUCGAGCAGCACUCCUGGCGGAAUAUUCCUCGAAGGCAGUACCACUGCAACCGUCGCUGCCGCCAUCUCGACAUCAGCAAACUCAACUUUGGCAACCAAUACCGGCUCCUCGAACGCCACAAGUGCACCAGCACCAACAACGUCUCUCGCAAUCAAAACCGGCUUCUCAAACGCAACAAGCACGAUCACCUCCCCGGCCUCCCUCAUAACAUCCACCGUCUGGACCACCAACUACAUAACGGUAACCUCCUGCUCCAGCACCGUCCUGCACUGCCCCGCCUCCGCCGCCUCGGAGGUAAUCCUAACCAGCACCUCAAUCCUCUACACAACUGUCUGUCCGUACGGCGCCAUCCUCCCAACAACUCUCCCCUCCCACCUCGCCGCCAAUACCUCACAAUCCGUCUCGGCUCAAGUUGUCCUCCACACCGCGCUCGUCUCGCCCCUCCCUCUCAUACCUGUCUCCGAGGAACUCGUCCACACGGUCUAUGUCCCUACGUUCGUCAACCCAACAUAUACCAUGCCUACCGCUACCAGCUUCCCUGUUGCCUACCCAAAUUGGACCGCUGAUCUGAAUUUGGGGACCGCGACGGUGGUUGGGCAUGUUGUUGCGACUCCAAGCACGACUCCGAGUGUGCCAGGAGGAUCAAGUAAUGGGACGGCAGUGGGAACUGCGAAGAUAACGCCUACGAGUAAACCAUUUACAGGUGCGGGCGGAAAAGAGAAUGCCAGGUUGGCUUUAGUUGGUUUUGUUGCCGUGGGACUGCUGAUCUUACUAUAAACAUAAGAAGUGUUGUCAAUUAGAACGGGGUAAUGACUUGGCUUAGGAGACAGGCUGCUCUUUGCUGGCUGUAAUGUAAUUCAUUUCUCAUGUACUAUAUCAUUUAUAUAAUUCAAGUUAAACUUCAACAAGAAACUACACUUCACAACUGGCGCUACAAAACCGUCCCAGCUUCAUAACUCUUUUGUCCACCGAAUCCAAAAGCGUGAAAUACUCACCUGCCAAUCUCUCAGGCGCCUCUUUCAACCUCAGUAGAAACGCUCUAAGAAUACCAAGCUGCAGCGCCACGAGCCCGGAGAACAAACACGGCUCCUCGAAUUUCUCAACUUCGUACUCGCUCAGCUGGAAUUGCUGCUCGCUCCGU